AUGUGGAGGUUGAAGGUUGCCGAGGGCGGAGGGCCAUGGAUGCAGUCAAAGAACGGCUUCCUUGGCCGGGAGGAGUGGGUAUUCGACCCCAACCUUGGCACACCCAGUGAGCACGCUGAGGUUGAGAGGUUACGGCAAGAGUUCACCAAGAACCGGUUCCACAAGGAGGAGUCGCAGGACCUCCUCCUACGAAUGCAGGUUUUUGCAUUAUAUGUCACUGGAACCCUCAAUGCCAUCCUAUCAACAGAGCAUAUAUAUGAGAUAUGCCGUUACAUUUACAACCAUCAGAACGAAGAUGGUGGAUGGGGCAAUCAAGUUUUGAGCCCGAGCACUAUGUUUGGUUCCUGCAUGAACUAUACCACCUUGAGGCUUCUAGGGCAAGAGCUUCAUGGUAAAAACAACGCACUAGCAAAAGGUCGUGCGUGGAUUUUAUCACAUGGUACUGCAACUGCUGCACCACAAUGGGCAAAGAUAUUUCUCUCGAUCAUUGGUGCAUAUGAUUGGUCAGGAAACACCCCAAUAAUCCCAGAACUUUGGAUGGUUCCAACAUUCCUUCCCAUUUAUCCAGGACGGUUUUGGUGCUAUACCCGGAUAGUGUAUAUGGCAAUGGCUUAUAUUUUUGGGAAGAAAUUUGUUGGGCCUAUCACACCAACUAUUUUUGCGAUAAGAGAGGAGCUUUAUGAUAUACCAUACAAUGAGAUUGAUUGGAGCAAGGCUUGUGAUACAUGUGCAAAGGAAGACAUCAUCUAUCCACGUUCACUGAUGCAAAAUGUUGUCCACACUUGUCUUAACAAGUUUAUUGAACCACUAUUUACGUGUUGGCCAUUUAGCAAGCUAAGAGAUAGAGCUCUGAAGCAUCUCAUGGAACAUAUUCAUUAUGAAGAUGAGACUACUCAAUAUGUAGGCUUAAGCUCUGUUACCAAGGCCCUAAAUAUGAUUUGCUGUUGGAUAGAAAAUGCAGAUUCUGAUGCAUUUAAGAAACAUCUCCCAAGGAUAUUUGAUUAUUUAUGGAUUUCAGAAGAUGGUAUGAAGUCAAAGGUAGUUGAUGGUUGCCAAUGCUGGGAGACUUCAUUCAUUGUUGAAGCCUUUUGCUCGACAAAUCUUGUCAAUGAGUGGUCGUCGACUCUGCAGAAGGCAUAUUUGUUUAUACGAAACUCACAGGUAGUUGAGAAUCCUCCCGGUGAUCAAAAUUAUGGGCAUCCCCAUAUAUCAAGAGGUUCAUGGACUCUUUCUACCACAGAUUGCGGUUGGUCUGUAUCUGAUUGUACAGCAGAAGCACUUAAGGCAUUACUCUUACUACCAAAAAGUUAUCCCAACCUUGUUGAGGAACUAAUUGGAGAAGAGAGGUUGCUUGAUGCUGCUGAUUGCCUUCUUUCCUUUAUGAAUAAAGAUGGUUCCUUUUCCACAUAUGAACGUAAGAGAACUGGUUCCUGGGUUGAGAUUUUCAAUCCAUCAGAGAGUUUUCGGAAUAUAGUUGCUGAUUAUCCGUCGGUUGAAUGCACUUCCUCGGUGAUCCAAGCUCUUGUACUGUUCAGAGAAUUAUAUCCAAAUUAUCGUAGCAAUGAUAUAUGUGAAUGCGUCAAGAAAGCUGCUAGAUUUAUUGAGAAUAGCCAACAGAUUGAUGGUUCAUGGUACGGAACGUGGGGCAUAUGUUUCACGUAUGGGACCUUUUUUGCGGUAAAAGGAUUACUUGCUGCUGGCAGGACAUAUGAGAAUAGUUAUUCCAUCAGAAAAGCAUGUGAUUUUCUCUUGCUUAAACAACUCAAUUCGGGUGGCUGGGGAGAGAGCUAUCUUUCAUGUGUGAGACAGGUUUAUGUACAGGGUGAUUGUGCUCAUGCGGUGAACACUGCUUGGGCAAUGUUAGCCUUACUUUAUGCUGGGCAGAUUGAUCGGGAUCCUGCACCACUGCAUCAUGCCGCAAAAGAACUUAUUAAUAUUCAGAUGCAGACAGGCGAGUUUCCCCAACAAGGGCAUGUUGGGAAUUUCAACUCCUCGAUGUAUUUCAAUUAUCCCAACUACCGCAACUUGUUCCCAAUUUGGGCUCUCGGGGAGUACCAUCGGCGCUUUUUUCACAGAAGGGAAGUGAAGUGAAUAUGCAAGUGUCACGUGACCGCUUUCAGCAAACCUAUCUGUCCUGAGGAUACUCAAUGCGCGUACGAACCAUUCUAUGGUGCCUACUCUGUAAAACGUACGUAAUUAAACUGUAAUAAUCGAAUAACGUGCUGAAUGUCUCUGCUGUGUAUGGUUCCGAGCUAUAGCUGUUGAGACAUACUUGGGCCAUAGUGGGCAGCACGCUGUUGAGACAUAUGUGUCUGUCUUAGUAUUGCAGGAGUAUAUUUAUUUGUUCUAAUGACGUAAAUACACGACACCGUCGUUUCAAAAAAAAUAAAUACACGACACCGCGUCUGUUAC